AAGUGAUCCUCCCAUCGUGCAGGGUGUUAAAAUGUGUUUAAUUGUUCACUAGAAAAUUCGCCACCACUAGUGGCGUCGAAUUUUACGUUGUAUCUCGGUACUGUGGAUGUUUUUCAACGCCUCACGGCAUUAGGAGCGGCCGAAAAUGAACUGCAAACCUAUACUGACGUAUUCAGGCGAUGUGCGUAUUUUCAAAACACUGGAACCGCACAUUGUCGCGGCCCUUCCAUCCGACACGGCCGAAUGGAAGCGGUCGUACGGGCGCCCGGUGAAGAAUGUGCGUGUGGAAGCCACCUUUAAACCGUUCGAUCAGACCGCGCUGGAAAAGUUCAAGGAUGGGCGGUGGAACAUUGUGGAUCAUCCCGUGCUGCAUAUCUACGUGACGGAGUGUAGCGACGUCGAGGCGUACCGGGGCUCGGUGAAGGAAGAAAUCGACCAAUGGCUCAAGGUGCUCAACAACUACAACGUCACGGACUGGAUGAUCCUGCUGUUGGAAACGUUGGAUAUGAAGAAGUCGAAAAACAUACUCCCGCGCACGACCGUGCUCGACAAGAUACGGCUCGAUUUUGCAUCGAAGAACGGCGACCGCUGUCUGUCGGUGCUGAAUCCGGCCAAGUUUGAGAUGAAAGCAACGGAAUCGUUCCGCUGUCUGCUGCAGCGCAUUCGUCACCUGAUGCUGACCGGAUACAACAAAACCAUCGUAAAGUACGAGGAACUGAUUCGUACGAACCGGGAGAAUCGCAUACAGGAGAACUGGAGUUUUAUCGAUUACUUUGUCCUGCAGGAGCAGCUGGCGUUCGUGCUGGAAAUGCUCGGCCAGUACCCGGAGGCGCUGGUGCAGUACGACGAGCUGGAUGCAAUGUUCUCCCAAUUUAUCCUCAACACCGUGUUCGGGGAGAAGCAAAAGUGGCUGCACAUAUUCGAACAACCGCUGAACGCGUUCCACGGCAUAUCGCUGAAUGCGGCUAAAAUGCGUGAGACGCGCGAAAAGAUCAUCGCUGGCAACGUGACACUGCUCGAGUUCCGUUCGUAUCUGUUCGAGCGGCAGUGCGUUCUGUUGGAUGCGGCCGGAAAGCCGUGGGAAAUCGCUGAAAGGUUGCUUCCGUUCCUGUUUUCUACGCUGCGUGAAAUCGAAGCUCUUAAGCUGGACACACCCGAGGGAGCCAUGGCCUGCUGGGAGUUUGUGUGCGCUCUCGAGGUGCUUAACCUGUGCGACAAGGUGCAGGAAUCGAAGGAUAUCUACAAGUGCUCUCAAUUUUCGGCACCCAUCUGGAACCUGGCCAAAGAGAAACUGUACGGUCUCGGCAAACAGUGCGGGCUGCUGCCCGGGUUCGUGCCAACCUCCGAGCAGCUGCACACGGUUGUGCAUCUUUCGGCCGGUAUGGGCGAUAGCUUACCCGAGCUGGGUAACGGUGGGGCGGGUCGGCUCGAGCCGGAGCUUGGCACCAAACAGGCGACUCACUCACCCGCACGUAAGCCGAAAAAAUCGGCCACCGAUACGCUAAAGGAAGCGCUCGGUUCGAAUCAGGCAUUCAGGAAGCUUUACCUCGAGCUGAGCGAGUUGGCGAUCAGCACGUACAAGCACGUGUCCCGGUUGCGAUCGGCCCGAUUGGUGGGAUUGGACCUGGGAAACUUCUACAUCACCCUCAACGAACCGCAGAAAGCGGUCAACUUCUUCACGGACGUGUUGCGCGAACUGAAGACGGAAAAUUGGCACUACCUGGCCAGCCAAACGCUGCUCGAUCUGGCCUCGUGCUAUCGCAAGAUGGAGGACAACGUAAACUAUACGAAAACGUGCAGUGCGAUCGCUUGCUGUCCCGAUCUGGAGCUACUCGUGCGCACGUUCUAUUUCGACGAAUUUAGUAAAUCGCUAAGGACACUGCAGAACAUCCGCAAUAUCGAUAUAAAUGCGCUCAGCGUAAUCAAUACCCUGGAGGACCACUUCCGGGUGGUUUCCAUAGAGCUGGACAGUGUUUCGAUCGUGCAGGAUGACUUCAUCCUGGUGACGCUCGACCUAGAAAGUAACUUCCCCCGUGAGCUGAUCGCUGACCAGGUACUACUGUCCUUCGAAAUGAACGCCAAGCAAAGUCUCGACGCCACCCCGGCUGCGGUGGGUGUCCAAGGGACAAAAGAUGUUGGCGCACAGCUCCCCAUUAUACUCCAUCUCGACUACAAACAGGACAACACGCUAGCCGGAUCAUCGGUGGCGUGUGACAAUCGCACGAAGCAACCGGUCCGUCGGAGUAGCAGCACGCGGCGCAAGAUCUCCCCUACGCAGCGGUCGGACUUUACCCAUUGUCUAGCGAGCGAGCAGAGGCUCAUCCUGCAGCCCGGCCGUAACACGAUCACGCUGAAAGCCAAAGCCACGCGCGUGGGAACGUGGAGCUUCCGGCAGCUGUCGGUGCAGGUAGAAACGGUAGAAUUUCUCUCGGAAUCACUCUCGGUGAAGCUGUCCAACUUCGAAACCAUCACCAAAGCCUCCGUUGCGUCGUUGAACUUCGUCAAUCUGGUGGCCGGCGUUGAGCAAGCGGUUGAGCUGAUUAUCUCCGCUGGAAGUUUUCGCUUUCCGAAGGAUGCCACUGCCACGAUGCGCUGCUCGAAGAACCUCAAAAUGAGACUACCAGCCGGUGAGCAACGGGAGCAGCCGGCGUUCGAAAAGGAACUGAUUGUUCCGUUGCUGAAUUUUGCGCCGUUCGAAAAGCGCACGAUCGCACUCGAGGCGAUCUGUGAGCUGCCCGGCAAGCGGGAGGAACGUGCGAUCGAGCAAAAGGUAUCUCUGGCGGUGCCCUGGAGCCGGAACGAAAUUUCCAUCCCGCUGCACUUUAUGCCCGCCCUAAUUGCCUCCUGUCGGCUACACUCAUCCGGGGCCCGCAAGUUCCUGCAGGUCGUGCUGAAGGGUGUCAGCGACUAUCGGCUGAUGUUGCGCGAUGUGCGCAUGACGUGCGCCGCCGAGGGCGUCACCAUCAUCGACAUUAAUCCGCCCGAGCAGCAGGAAACGGUCAUGAGCAAAGCGCUCUCUAUUUCGUACCUGUACGAGUUCCAGGUGGAGGCACUUAAAGCGGAAGCGGAGCUGCCCCUGGUGCAGGUGGUGUUUCAAAUGCGCUUUGCCGACGCUGGGCUGCCAGAGGAACGACGCCACUACCUACCGUACAGCGUCACGUUCGACGUGAUGGACUACACGACCCUGUUUACGAUCUGCGCGAAGGUGGAACCGCAAGAGCUUUGCCGCGUGAACUCCGUCUGCCAUCUGAAUCUACGCAUCACCAAAGUACAUGACAAUCCGUACGGCGAUCUGAUGUACGAGGUGCUGGCCGACCAGAACAUGUGGGCCGUUGUUGGGCGUACGGCAGGUGUCAUUUCGAUGGAGGAGGUCGAAAGCCACAGCAUCACGCUGGAUGUACUGCCGCUAACCGCCGGCUUCCUACCCCUGCCCAACAUCCGCCUAUCGAAGUACAUCUCGGCGAACAAGUCGAAAAAUGACACCCACUCCCGGCUGCAGCCGUUCCCGCCCGGUCAGAUCUACAACUCGACCAAGAGCAUGCAAAUCCACGUCCUUGCCAGCACCAGCACCGACCAGCCCCAGUAAUAAUGGCCGAGUGGCCCACGUGCUUACGAUAUGAUCGGUGGCAGGAUGGUGUAUGAAAUACAAUUUGCGCAUCGUAUUGUUAUUAUAUUAAAAAGCUUCAACAUGACGCAUUCCAAA